AUGGCCAGAAUCGACCCUGCGUUCCAAGAUUUUCUGUCGCCGCUCAAAAUUGACCACAACAGGCUGUAUCGCCUGUCCCAUCGCCUAUCUUUAACAUACCGUGAGCUGGCCUUGAGUUCCUCAGAGCAGUUCUUCCCCACUGCCACCACACGUCUGCCUACAGGUCAAGAAUCAGGCCGCUACCUGGCCGUCUAUCUCGGCUUGUACUAUCUACGAGUGGCCUUCAUCGACCUACUGGGCGAAGAACAAAUAGGCAAACACUCGCAUGUGCGACGGACGCUAGAGAAAGCAUGGCCGAUCGAAGACCGCCUGCGCCGAGAUCAGCCCGACUCACUGUUUUCCUGGAUUGGAGAUUGCAUCGCAGAGGUGAUUCACGAUGAUCUGGCCAAUUCUAAAGAUGAUGCACCUUCGGAGAUAGCCAUGGGUAUCUCCUUUUGUUUCCCUAUCAAGCAAAACUCCGUUAAUGAGGCUAUCCUCAUGCCAACUGGCAAAGGUUUCGCAUUGAGAUCCUCUCUGAAUCUCCGUCAAGCUCUCCUCGACGGCUACGAAUGCCACACCCGGCGCUCGACGGAAGAUGACCCCGGCGAAAUGCCCGCCAAACGACAAAAGAAAUAUUGUCUACCUAAACUCAAGAUCUCCGUCAUGACUAACGAUACUAUUUCAACGUUUGCAUCGCUGGCUUACUCUAUUCGUGCUCUGCCCAACACUCGCGUCGUGAUGGGUCUCCUCGUUGGCGCGGGCUGCAACUCUGCCGUGCCGAUGAAGCUUACCGAUCUGCAAGAAUCCAAAAUCCGCCAUAUCCGAGAGAAGGAUCCAGAUGCAGUCGAAUCUGUUGUUUCCACCGAAUGGACGCUUCGAGGAGCAACGGGACCUUUGCAGGAACUCGACGUUGUGACAAAGUGGGACACCGAACUGGAUGAUCAUACAGACUGGCCUGGCUUCCAGCCUCUCGAGUAUAUGGUGGGCGGUCGCUAUAUUGGCGAGCUGGUGCGAAUAAUCAGCUAUGACUGGUUUAAGAAUAUCAAGGCGGUGCCACGGUCGUCAAUGCCCGUGAAGUUGGUCACCGAAAAUGCUCUCACGACAAAUUUCCUGUCCCUGGAGGUUGCAUCAAGUCACUCAGAUGGGAAAUUAGCCGACGUCUUGACGCGAGAACUGCCCCCUCCGGAGUCCAGUGAUUGGAAGUGGACGGCAGAGUAUGCUGGUCAUAUUCGCGCCAUUGCAGCUGCCGUGCAGGACCGGUCUGCUGCACUGAUUGCCGCCGCCACGGUCGGACUUCUCGCGUGUAUUCGGGAGAUUGAAUUGGAAGACAAAGAUCAGGCCAAGCCCACAGCAGAGAACUCCAAUGGAAGCCAGCGUCAAUCGACUCAAGAGCAGAAAAUCCCCGAUUUUGGAUCAUCGACGCCGGGCUGGCUUAAGGGACCGGAGGAAUUGGUCGUGGCUGUCAACGGGGGAGUCAUCCAGCAUUAUCCGCAUUAUAAAGAGACCGUUCAGCGAUACAUCGACCGGUUAGUCAUUAGCGCAGGACCUCAAAGCGAAGGGAAAAGCAUCUUCCUUCGGGAAGCAAGUGACGGUGGCAUCAUCGGCGUGGGUGUCCUUGCAGGUACCGUCGCUGGUGACAUUGAUGGGAUCAUUGGGUCAACGUUCGAGAAAGAGGCCGAGGCUGACAUGAAUGCUAAGGCUCUAGAGGAGAAAUGA